AUGUCGUCGCCGGCGGCCGAACCUGAUGCAGUUCUGUUCGGCGCUGCGCAGAACAUCGACGGCCGGACUUUGAUAGCCAUAGGCUGGGGCAAUGCAUCGACCUCGUUCAUCUUCCUGCUGUUUCGUCUCUUGAUUCGCUGGCGCCGCAACCGCCGCCUCUUACUCGACGACUACUGCAUAAUCCUCGGCUGGUUGUUUCUUUUGUCUCUGGUCGUUAUACAGAUGGAGCAGACCGGUCCGAUGUACUACCUCAUCCAUCUCCAGGCAGGACGAUUGAUCCCGACCUCUUUACAAGAGGUGUCACAGCAAACUGAGCAAUGGUUGCGGUGGUCUUACGCAAUGAACUACAUAUACUGGACGGGUCUCUGGGCGGUGAAAGCAAGCAUCUUAACCGUCUUCUUCCACCUCGUCAGUCCGGUUCCAGUACUGAAGAAAGCAUGGUAUUCGGUUGCCCUCUUCACUCUCCUCGCUUAUAUCGGUGGAUGGGUCACCGGCGCUCUGACAUGCGAUCGCUUUACCGAUUCCUUUGUGCCAGGUAAGGUCUCAAUGUCUUUCUUGGCCCCGUGGACCGGAGAUAGUCUUCUUCCUCAGCUGAACCCUUCUGACUCAGCCAUCGUCGCAGGAAAAUGCAUUUCACCGAGGGAGGUCGACCGUGUUCGCUACAGCGCCUACUACGCAGCCGCUGUCGACAUUGCCACGGAUUUGAUGAUAAUGGGUCUCCCCAUCGCCAUGCUCCCAUCGCUGCAACUCGAAAUCAGGAAGAAACUGGGCCUCGCUGUGGCUUUCAGCCUUGCCCUGAUCACCAUCCUCAUAGCAGUCAUCCGCAUGACACAAGCGAUGAAGGGGCAUACGCUGGACAAGGUCGGACUCUCCAUCUGGAGCAUAACCGAGCUCGGCGUCUCUAUAAUCGUCGGCUCACUGCCACCGCUGAGAAUUCUCUUCACGAGUGGCUUCAGGAGAUACAUCAGAGGGAAAAAGGCUGACCACAGGUCUUCGGCCAAAGACCGGGACGGCAAUGGAGACAGCCCGACUUUGACCACAAUCAAGAUGCUUGAGAAAUACGACAAGAACCGCGACGAUGAGCUCCGUCGAACGAAAGAGGAAAGAGAGGAAGCGGCUCGCAGAAGUCGAGAAGAAGCCAGGGAAUGGGCUGACGCAAGUACCCCUUCCAUCUCCAGGAGAAUCCGCCAGGAUAUAGAAAGAGCUCGUGAGCAAACCCGUGCCGAGAAUGAGGCGCGCGAGAGGGAGAGGCAGCGCGAGCGUGAGAGGUCUAUUGAGCGUGGACGCCAGCGCAACCGCUAG